AUGGCCGCAGCGGUCCAGCAGCCCCCAGCUCCUGACAACCUCUUCGGCAGGAUAGACGCCAACCUCGACCUGUCCUUGACUUCCUUCGAAGCGCCCAACGGCCUGCCAUCGCCUGUCUCAACGCCGCGGCACUCACGGCCCGUGGAGAACAUGGCAGAGUACCCACUCGACGGCCCGCCCACGCCGGACCGUAGUCCGCGCCCACAGCAGCAACACUCGCCGCAGAUCCCUCCCGCGGUGGACGAGGAGGUCCCGAUGACGGCAAGUCCCGACGACUACGCCCCUCCGCAACAGCAACAAUAUCACUCUCAAAUGCCCACCACUGCCGCGCAGGAGGAGGAUAUGGCGCCGCGCCGGUCCGAGGACUGGCGGGCGGGCCAACAAGCGUGGUUCGCCGAGCCUUCGACAUCGCCUUCUGGCGCCCGGCCUUCCCAGUCUAUUACGGCCGAGACGCAGUUACGGCCAUCGCCACCGCCCGAAUGGGCCGCGGCAGAGCAGUGGGGACUCGGGCGGAGACCGAGCCAGCAGCAGGAGGUCUGGGGCGCCGUACCCGCGCAGGAACAGGCCAGGAGGGAGCCCAGUCGCACGCGUGAGCGGGAGAGGGAGAGGACACGCGAGCGGAACGAGGUCCGCGUCAGCGGGAGUGCACGGGCGCAGGCUCAGGUCCCGACUCUGACCAUGGCCGCCGCGCCUGCACCCGCUCAAGUCGCACAACCCCAGGUGGAGGAGGUUUGUGUCGAGUGUGCGAUGCGCGACCAGGAUAUGGCCGACGUCGACGUCACGAGCCCCGGGAUCUGGGCGCGCGAGUCGGACGCCGCGUACGAGGAUCUGCUUGCUCGCGAACUCGCGGAAGAGGACGCUGGCCUGUCGCCACCGGCCACAGAUGAUCCGCGCCCGCGUGCGCGCGGUGGGCGCUUAACAGAGGCGAAUCUCAAGCUUUGGUUGACGUUGAAUCCCAAGGAGAGCAAUGCGAAGCGCAUGAACUUGGAUGCCUAUGUCCGUUCUCAGCUCGCCCUUCUAGAGGCCGAGGCACUUGCCCGCGCCCGCGCCCAGCAAGAUGCGCGUCGCGCGGCCGAUCGCGCGCGAGAUACCUUCGCGGCUGCUCAACGACGCUCCACCGCCGAUCUCGCCCAAUCUUACCUGAACGGGCAUCACAAAGACCACCAUAAGGGUCAUGUUACACCGGAACAGGACGGUGUCAAGCUCGGCGACGGCGCAACUCUUCUCGAGAACGGGCUCAUUGUCGAGCAUGUGGACGUGCGGCGCGAGGCUCGUGAAAAGCGCAAGGCCGAGAAGAGGGGCAGGAGCAGGAAGAGUAGUCGUGGGAGCGUCGCGGAUGUCGCGAGUGUCUACUCGCUGGGCAAUCCUCUUGCGGGAUACCCGUACGACCCGUCCCAGCAGCAGCAUGCGCUCUCCAGCCGCCCAAUGUCGGUUCUUACUGCCCCUGCUCUUGGUGGCGAGAACGGCAGCAUGAUGAGUGUGGGCAGUAUUGGUGUACCGGGUAGCGAGAGCCCGAGGAGGAGGUUCUUCGGAGGGAUGAGGAAUCUCAGUCAAGGCUUCAGGAGCAACGACAGCUUGGCCCAAAGCGGAAGCAUGGUCGACAUGCACGUUGCGCUCCAGCGUGAGAACAACCGUCUCACACACAACGGACUUGUACCUGAGCGCCCAUCUUCGCUCUGGCACGAGUACGCCUACGAGCCACAACCGUCACAGCCAAUAUCCGCCCUUCCCGCACCCGCACCUCCCAGUCCGCCCGGGGAUGAGAAGAAGAAAAAGAAAAAGGGCCUUGCGAAACUCUGGGGUCGUUUCACUGGCCAUUCAUCCUCCGCCAAGUCGCCGCCGCGGAAUUCGGACGUUGGCUCUCAGCAACAGUCGAGGGGUAUUCGGUCAGAGGAUGAGCCUUUGGAACCUCCACCGCCACUCAGCUAUCUCGUCGGUCAGCGUCGUUCCGGACAUUCGAGCACGCCCAGUCUCCCGACCGCAGGUUACGGGCCGUCGGGUGCCAUGAGCGUCUCUGGGUCUACCGGUCCUAUGAGCAUCUCCCAAUCCGGCAUGAGCAUAUCGCCAUCCGCAGGUCCCGGUAUGAGCGUUUCCCCGCCCAGCGCACCCAGCAGCGCUUUGCCAAGUCCGACCAGCGCCCGCAUCGAGCCGAUGUAUGUUACGCACAUUCGCAAGGCGUCCGGACCGGGGAUGGAGGGCGAGCACAGCUACAACGGCUACGCACCCGCUCAGCCGCUCAUCGCUGAGGAGGGUGUUUCGCCGCCACCAUUGCGAGUUAUGGCACCUCCACUUACGCACAUGACGUCUGAGCCGGAUAUGCGCCAGCGUAUGUCGCAAAACAUGGAGAACGCGCCGCCCGUCCCACGUAUACCUGCCACGCUGAGCCAAAUCGGUCGUAACGGUAGCGCAGGCAGCUGGCGCGACAAGAGCUUGCCUCCGCUGCCGGGCGAGAUGGGGGUACGUGGUGUUGGUGAACAGCGGCCGAGAACGUUGUUCGGUAUGCACGGUAUGCCCACGGACGAGGAAAUCGGUCUUCAACCACCGGAGCCAGGCUUCCGUGCCCAAGCAGGAAGGCGGCAGAGCUUCUCUGGCAUCGGCGCUGGCGAUGCUUUGCAUCCGAAUAUGCGUGCCUCGACACUGCUUACACCUGCUCAAGCACCGGCGACGCAGGGCAAGCGGAAGAGCAAGUUCCUCGGCGCGUUGCUCGGCCGUGGCAGGAGGGAUAGUUCAGCCGCUGUGCAGGAGCCGCGAACCUCAGGGAGCGAUAGCAGCGUACGGGCCAGUGGUGCAUACGGCUCUGGUCCGAUGAGCCCCGUUACGCCCCAUGGCCAAUACGCUACGCAUGGCUAUGCUCCCAGUCAAGGUUACGCGCCAAGUCAGGCCGGAUAUGCUACCAGCCAGGCUGGCUACGCGCCUAGCGUGAGCGGUUACGCGCCCAGCCAGAGCGGGUAUGGCAGUGUGAGCGGGUACGGUGGUAGCCAGGCCCACACCCAUGCGAACCCGCGGCGGAGCAAUAUUGAUGCACUCGUUGAGCAGGCACCUGACUUUGUCGCAUAUCGCUAUCCUAGCGCUGCUGAGCCCAUGCGCUAG